UUCGACGGAGGUUUGGCUGCCUCGCUUUCUUAAGACGAUAUUGCGGUCUCGAUAUUGCGGAACUGCAGAGGAGGAGACGAGAGGAGACGGAAGGAGAGGAUGCGGAGUUGCAGGAGAACCGGAAGCCGUCGCCGCGCUGGGGCCGGGAGCGUGACCCUCGGCCUAUGUUAAUAGAAAAUGUCAGUGAAUAACUUCUUUGGAAAUAAGAAGAGAAACAGCUCUAUAUUAUAUGAUGUUGAUCAGACAAAAAUUACUUCUUCAUCUUCACCUUUCCAGAGAUCUAUGAGCCAUAAUAAUAUUGGAAAUCAUGGUGAAGGAUUCCCACCAAACAAGCGUUACAAAAGUGUUGCUUUACCCAAAUGUAAAGAGACAGAAGAUCCAUUUGGGGAUAAUGAUGAUUUUACAGUAGAUGACUUGAAGGAGAUAGACAUUAUUGCUUCCCAGGCAUUGACACCAGAUGUUUCUUCAGAAACAAAUUUGUUCAAAACAGAGCAAAAUGCUCAGUUGUCCGUUUUCCCAAGUAGCACCAAUCAGUUCAAAACACCCGAUCAAUGGAAUAUUACUGUAACGACUGAGACAAAAUCAUUUGGAAAUAGCAUAGAAGAAAUGAAACUUAAAGGAAGAUUUAAACUUGAAACACUCCAGGCACAACACAAAGAGGCCAUGAAAAAGUUGAAGGAAAUGCAGGAUGAAAUCCUAAUUAAAAAUGGAGAAAUAAAAAUUUUGCGGGAUUCAAUGCAGCAGAUGGAAUCUACUGUGGAGGAGCAGCGGAAAUCAUACAUAUUACUGGAAAGAGAAAAAGCUGAGUGUUUAAGUGAAAAAGAAAAGGAAUUCUCCAGAAAGUUACAGUCACUGCAGUCUGAACUACAGUUUAGAGAUGCUGAAAUGAAUGAGAUGAGAACAAAGAUUUUGAAUUGUGAGAGGAUUAAACCUGUGACCCCUGUUUCAUAUACCAGUCCUAAGAAAAGCCCCUCUAACCCUGUGAAAAUUGAAAGAUGCACUCAUAUUGAAAAAAAAAGUUACCCCACAGAAGAGUCUUUUGGAUCUCAGAUAUUACCAAUACCAUCUUGUUCCAGGGCCCAAUCCCAUGUCCAUGUUCCUCAGCAAAAUAAUGACAGCAAAAUAACUGUCCUUGAAACUGAGCCAGUGAAACAGGAAACAAGUUUCAGCUGUCCUCUGAAACCAGGUUCCCUUUUACUAAAUGCACUGAUGAAGCAGCCACUUGUUCCGGGAUCAUCCUUAGGAAUUUGCAACCUUCUUACCAGCAACCCUGAAGCUUGGACUGGAUCCGCUAUGCAGUCUGCUUCUUUCAGUGUAGGACCUACACAAAAAUUCAGUAGCAAGAUUGCAAGCCCUCAGGAAGGUGAGACUUCAUUGAGAACUGCUCAAAAACUCGCCUUAACUGGAUUGAAUCUGAUUGCUGUAGAUGGAGGCUCACUGGAAGGACAACAGAACAGGAAAGGCAUGCCCCACCUUAAGUGCUUUAAAAUUCCCGGAGCAGUACAUCUUCUUCCCCUCCUGGAACUUCACAUUGGUGCAUAUAACCAAGCCCUCUUGUCAGUGACAAAGACUGGAAGCAUUUCUUCUGGAAAUCAAUCUGCUGGCUCCUCUAGGACAUCUUCAGGUGCAGCUUCAAAUGUAGAGGAAGCUUUAGCCACUCUUGAAGAGUAUGCGCUCGUGUCACUGGGCAUCCUUUACUAUUUGGUAUUUUAUAGCUGGGAAGUUAUUAAUACACUUCUGUCCCGUGAUAUGAAAGCAGAUUGUACUCCAGGCGCUAUAGAGGUUUCUGAGAAGAAUGAGACUGUGGCUUGCCAUGAACAGGAUACAGCUACUCUUCAGGAAACCCUCCCAGAAUUAGAGGUGACCAGUUCGGACAAAUCCCAGCAUCCUUUGUUUAAAAAGCUACUACAACUCUUAACCUUGUGCGUAAGGUCAGCAGGAUGCCAGAGAUGCCGUAUCGCAAAUCAGUGCCUAGAAGUUUUGGUGAAAUUAGCUGAAAAGUCAACAGUUGACUUACUAAUAAGCUUUCAGUGCUUGUUCGAUAGCCAGUCACAGAUCCUGCUUCGCUGCAUAUCUUCGGAAACUCCCUUGUUUGCUGUCCUUCUUACUGUUAGGAUGUUAAGUUUGCUUGCUGAGCAUCAGGAGCUGGCUGCUCGGUUCUGUUCACGUUCAGAAACCUGCCUACUUUUGGCAUUAUAUAUGUACAUCACAUCACGCCCCGAUAAAUUAGCAUCUGAGGGGCUUUGGCUGCAGUUGGAACAAGAGACCGUUCGUUUUCUGACGAAGUGUAUGCAAUGUUGUAGAUCCUCUGUUUUACUUGUGGGAACAGAUUGUCAGUGCACUUCUGAGGUAGUGAAAGCUCUGAUAGUAAUGUUACAUAGGCAAUGGCUUAUGAUCAGAAAAAUGGAAGGAAUCCUGUUCAAUGUACAUGAAAAGCAAAUUGUACACUUUUUGCGGGAUGCUGUUUUGCUUCUGCAUGGUCUCUCCCAGAAAGAUAAACUUUUCCAUGAACAUUGCCUGGAAGUGCUCCACCAAUAUGACGGUGUGUUGUCUGGGGUUACCGCAGUCCUGAGAAAAGGGCAGCAUUUAAAAGCUUGUGAAGAACUUGCACUGGAUGAACUGUAUCCUUUGGAGCCCGAAGUCAAUGACCAGGAAAUGGAUUGCAGAUAAUUGUCUUUCAAUAAUGUAUUUGUUUAUAUUCCAAAAAAAGGUUACUAUUGAAAUGUAAUUCGAUGUGCUUUUUAAAAUUUACAAUUUAAUGCAAAAAAUGUUUCCUAUAUUAAUUACAGAAACCAUCACAACCCAAGCAAUAUAUUACUUUUGUAUUGAAUAAAUUCCCAUAAUGAAACAUAAAUUCCCAAAGAAUAUAUU